AUGAUUGUAUUCAAUAACCUGAUUACAUUAAAUCUUUUCAUUACAGUGAAAACUUAUCCAGUAUUUCGGGAAGGAGUUAUUCAAGUCAUUAUUUUAAAAAAAAGGAACGAUAUCAUGGAAUUCCUAGAGCGUACUCAAAUUCAUUUUUAUUUUAUGUUCACUCGAUGCCAUUUGCAGUCUAAUUGGGUAGAUUCUAAUUGA